AUGACGAAAAGCAUAGGAGAAGGCAGUGGAAGCUUGAACAAACCAGAUGCAUUUUUUGAAGAGGUUUUUAAUUAUGAGUCACAGUUGACCCAAGGAUAUGUAGAACAAGUGCCUAACAUAGGAACUAUAAGAACUGUAGAUGUUCCUGUAGAGCUGGCUGGGAAUGUCAUCAAUGAAGAGGGUAAUAAAGAAGAAAAUGGUGAAGAAUAUAGUACUAAAGAAGAUAUUGAUAUUGAUGGAAAUACUUAUCUCCCUAAAGAUUUUGUGGUUGCUGCUUGUGAAGAAGACAGUGAUACAAACUCUGAGAAAGGAUUUGACUCUCCUAAUUACUCUUCAGAUGAGGAAGGUGAAAGAAGGAGAAAAUUUCCAGAGUUUUGUAAGUCUGAUUUGGAUAACCCUAAAUUUGAGAAGGGAAUGUUAUUAGGAAGAAAGGAAGUCUUGAAAAAAGCUAUGAAAAAUUAUGCAAGGUCAAUUGUUAGCUUCAAUAGGGUUGAUGCUAAUGAUAAUACGUAUCCCAUUGCAUAUGCUGCAGUGGAGUUGGAAACAAAAAAGACUUGGAGUUGGUUUUUGGAGUUUUUGAUUGAUGAUCUUGGUCCUGGACUAAACAGAGCAUUUGACAUUGUGGUGCCUCAAGCCCAGCAUAGAUGGUGUGUUAGGCACAUGUAUGGGAACUUCAAGGACAAGUUUAAGGGCGAGGGCCUAAAGGAUCUGUUAUGGAGUGCAACUAGGGCAACAAAUAGGUAUGAAUUUCAGGUUGAAAUGAAUAAGCUGAAAGAUAUGAAUGGAGCUGCAUAUGAUUGGUUGAUGUCAAAAGAUCUAGACAAGUGGGCCAGACAUAGGUUUAGUACUGCCCCUAAAUGUGACAUGUUGUUAAAUAACUUGUGUGAAACCUUUAAUAGCUAUAUUUUGAUUGCCCCAGAUAAAACCAUACUAACCAUGCUAGAAAUGAUAAGGUGUAACAUUAUGAAAAGGUUUCAAAUGAAGAGGGAAACAAUGUCAAAACAUGAGGGGGUCAUUUGCCCUAAAAUUCAAAAGAUGUUGGAGAAGAUCAAAUAUGCCAACUCAAGCUGGACCUUAUGA